AUGCCGUUCACCAAGUACGAGCAAGAGGGAGUUCAUACUUUGCUUCAGUUCUAUAAUCCUUCCCUUCGCUGCUUCACGUUCACCGACUACCUCUUGGUCCCAACAUUGGAAGAGUAUUCCCUAUUUCUUGGCAUUCCUAUAAAGAAGGAAGUACCAUACCAUGGCGCCAUGAAGGCCCCUGAUUCCAUUGAAAUUGCUAAGGCUCUUUAUUUGAGCAAAUCGAUCGUGGAAGCAAAUCUCACUAAGAAGGGAGGAGGUUUUGGUUUUUGCAUGGAGUUUCUGGUCAAAAGGGGUUGUGAGGCUACUGAAGCAAAGGAAUGGGACACAUUUAGGGCUAUCUUGGCUCUAAGUAUAUAUGGCAUCAUGUCACAUCUGCCUGAGUGCGGCGCUUUCGUUGAUAGUAGGCACACAUCUAAGUGGGCUGAGAGGAUUAUGGGGCUGAGGGCUAAAGAUAUUGUCUGGUUUAAUAAAGCUUUAGAAGACAUGGAAGAUGUUAUGAGUUGCGGAAAGUUCAAGAACGUACCUCUUAUGGGCCUUAGAGGUGGAAUCAACUACAAUCCUGUCCUGGCUAGGAGAACGUUUGGAUACGCUUUUGUAAGUCCUCCCGAACAAACAGAGAUUGCUGAGAAUAUUUUUUAUCAUUCAGCCACUGACAGUGGGCAGAUGGCAGAAGCUGUACAAGCCUGGAAGAGUAUUUGUUGGAGAGAUAAGAAACAUUUUGGUCAGCGAGACUGUGCUACUUAUGAGGAUUAUACUAAGUGGGUCGAGUCUGUGGUUGCUGUUCAAGGGAUGUCUUUCCCUCCUAAGGACCCUUUGUACCCUCCUGCUGGAAACAACCCAACAUUGUUUCCAUGCCCCGUUACAACCAAACUGUGGAAGAGAAUCGGAAAUUGA